AUGACGACCAAUCUCAGCCACUUGUCCCUCCCCCCAACCCUGAAUCCCCCUCUUACCGGCCGCGAAGCUAUAGUAGACGCCGCCUACAGAGUUCUCCUGGGCUUCGACACCAACGACCCCGAACUGUUCACCUCUGCCUUCGCCGAGGAGGCCACCUUUGACCUAAGCGGCAGAGUAACCCAAGGCCGUGAUGCCAUUCUAUCCGACCUCUUUCACGACCGGGUCAGCAAGCUGGACACGAUGCACUACUUGACCAAUAUACGCAUCAACAUCACGGAUGGGGAUACAAGGGCUCGCAUGAGUGCUUCCAUGUUGGCACAACAUUGCUUCGGUGGCGAGGGAAUGAAGGCUGACGGGGCGAAGUACUUGGCGGGCGGGCUGUGCGUGAUCGAAUUCGUAAAGGUGGAAGGGGAGGCUUUGUGGAAAGUCACGAGCUGGAAGAUUCACGUUCACUGGGCGGAUGGCGAUUCGAGUGUUGAGCUAGAGUAG